UGCAUUCAGAGAGAGAACAGAGAGAGAGAGUACGAGAAACACAGAAGAGAGAGUGUUUGUGUGCUGGUAUAGAGAACACUGUACAAGAGAGAGGGGGGCAAUAGGUGAAUUCGAACCUGUGACUGCCUUAAGAUGAGAUCUCUCAAACACCUGAAACCACAGACCAAGAAAAAUGUGGAGGAGAAGACACAGCGGCUGGUCAGAUGUUAUUCUGAGGCUAUGCACCAGCAGAUGGACGCAGGGACACAGACAGACCCUGUGGUGGUCCUGUCUCUGGCCCAAGCUGCUGUGUUGGGACUCAUCUCCCAGAACGAGGUCUUUGGUGCCACCAUCGCCCCAAAUGGCUUCUACACUGGAGACCCGAAAGAGUCCCCAGCUCCACCAGGUGAAAGAAUGGACUAUGAGUAUGCUGACCAGCUUAUAGGUGCCAAUGGCGACUACCUUGGGGAGAAUUUGGGUGAGGAUGGGCACAUGCACUCCUGCUGUGCCGAGAGAAGGUGGCAGGGGCCAUCAGAGAACAAUAAACCCCCUGUUAGGCAACAAGAAUCACAUAUUAAAGGAGAGUCUGUAACCCCAGGUUUUCCUUCUUGCAAUCACAUGAUGAACAGCAUGGUGUCUAGAGAAGGAAUACAGAUGGUGGACCCCUCCAGCUACAGGGUUGCCCCCAAACUCCACCCCAACAACUGCUGCUCCACCUGCGUCCGAGACCCCAAGUGUACACACCCUCCACCCGAUCCACAUUUACAUCCUCACCCCCAUGCCCACACACAUGCACCUCAUGAGGUGCCUUCACGCAACAGGGCUCACUCACAAGAAAAAGGAGUAGAUGAAGUUGCACAGGAUGUGGUCAAUGGAAGAAACGGCAUGGUGAAAACUGGAAGUGGUGGCGAGGAAAUAAGCAGCUACUUUCAGGCCAGUGAGGUUGGCUACGAGGGUGGGGAGAUGGAAGAGGUCGGGGACUUUGAAGAAAAUAGCGAGGGGAUGUUCUGGGGGGAGACUGUGGAGGGAGAGGCACCUCGUGGCCGCCGUAUAGACCGACUGGACAUCAACAUUCAGAUCAACGAGUCAUACUGCGUGGAUGUUGGCGAGGGCCUAAAGCGCUGGAAGUGCCGCAUGUGUGAGAAGUCGUACACCUCCAAGUACAAUCUGGUCACGCACAUAUUGGGCCACAAUGGCAUCAAGCCACAUGCAUGCCCACACUGCGGCAAACUCUUCAAACAGCCCAGUCACCUACAGACACACCUGCUGACCCACCAGGGCACGCGGCCACACAAGUGCACUGUGUGCAAGAAGGGCUUCACCCAAACCAGCCACUUGAAGCGCCACAUGUUGCAGCACACCGACGUUAAGCCCUACAGUUGCCGCUUUUGUCGUCGCGGUUUUGCCUAUCCUAGUGAACUCCGUGCUCAUGAAGUUAAGCAUGAACGAGGCCGAUGCCAUGUCUGUUCACAGUGCGGCAUGGAGUUUCCCACCUAUGCCCACCUGAAGCGUCAUCAGGUGAGCCACCAAGGACCUUCCACCUUCCAGUGCAACCAAUGCAACAAGUCUUUCGCCUACCGCAGCCAGCUGCAAAACCACAUGUUGAAGCACCAAAUGCAUCGCUCCUUCUCCUGCAGUCAUUGUGGCCUGCAGUUCCUUCAGCUGCAUCAGCUACGCCAACACUCCCUCACACACAAGACAAACAAGCCUCAGGCCCGUGCUACAAAGGGAACAAAGGGGUUUAAAUGUGAUGUAUGUUCACGAGAAUUUACAUUGUCUGCAAACCUGAAGAGGCACAUGUUAAUUCACGCCAGUGUCCGACCCUUCCAGUGUCAUGUGUGCUUCAAAUCUUUUGUCCAGAAACAGACCCUCAAAACUCACAUGAUCGUACACCUGCCUGUGAAGCCCUUCAAGUGCAAAGUAUGUGGAAAGUCAUUUAACCGAAUGUACAACCUCCUGGGCCACAUGCAUCUCCAUGCUGGCAGUAAACCCUUCAAGUGUGCAUAUUGCUCCAGUAAAUUUAAUCUGAAGGGAAAUCUCAGCAGACACAUGAAAGUUAAACAUGGAAUGGAUGUCUCUCCAGAUGGACAAGAUGCUCCACCUGACAUGGAGUCCCAUGCGGACUUUGAGGAGGAGAACUUCAAUUUCGCAGCACCACAGAAUAUGGAAAAUAACGAUGCACCGAACCUAACUAAGCUCUCUGAAGUGGCCAUCCAGGAGCUUGACUAUUACAACUUUGGGAAGGAUGUGGGAAGCUACAAUUCAGCAUAAACACUAUCUGAAUUAAAGACAAGCUGAAUAAGGAAAGUAACAAAUGGCCUGAGCUGGCACUUCUCAACCAUGAGUUGAUUGAGUUGUUCCUCCAUGAGAACCACUGCUCGCCUUUUUGAAGUUGCUGAAGAGCAAGUAGUUGGAGGCCAUAUUGGCCUCCUGGGGUUGAUGUCAUGGAGUAGGUACUCUGCUUCUAUAGUUUGCUGUUGACUCGUUUAAGUUCUAACAAACCUCAACUCUGUACUGUUAGUAUGUUUUGGAUUAUAUGGUUACAUUUAAUAACUGAAACAUUAGCGUCAUGAAACCAUACUAAAUUGCAGAUGUGUACACUUGCAAUCUUGUGCAAAGUAUUCCACAGUCCUCCCAAUUUAAUUUUGGUUGGUAAUAUUGGAUAAGCAGGUGCAUGCAGCCUUGUGGCCUUCAUUGGUGCGGUACCUCAGAGUAGUCUAUUAACUAGUUAUUUCAAAGUUACUCAAACUUUUAGGCUAUGAGUAACUGAAAGUGAAAGCAAUAUACACCGAUCAGCCACAACAUUAAAACAACCUGCCUAAUAUUGUGUAGAUCCGCCUCGUGCCACCAAAACACUGCCAACCAUUCUGAGAUGCUAUUUUUCUCACCACAAUUGUACAGAGCGGUUAUCUGAGUUACUGAAGACUUUGUCAGUUUGAACCAGUCUGGCCAUUCUCUGUUGACCUCUCUCAUCAAUAAGGCAUAUCCAUCCCCCGAACAUCCGCUCACUGGAUUUUUUUUGUUUUUGGCACCUUUCGGAGUAAAUUCUAUAGACUGUUGUGUGUGAAAAUCCCAGGAGAUCAUCAGUUACAGAAAUACUAAAACCAGCCUGUCUGGCAUCAACAAUCAUCCAUGCUAUUAUCUAAUCAGCCAAUCGUGUGGCAGCCGUGCAGUGCAUAAAAUCAUGUAGAUACGGGUCAGGAGCUUCAGUUAAUGUUCACAUCAACAAUCAGAGUGGGGAAAAAAAUUCUCUCAAUGAUUUGGACUGUGGCAUGAUUGUUGGUGCCAUUUUGGUGGCACAAGGGGGACCCACACAAAAUAUUAGGCAGGUGGUUUUAAUGUUGUGGCUGAUCAGUGUAUAUUGCCCUCACUUUCAGUUACUCAUAGAAAUGCACAGAAAAAAAAAAAAAACAGGCCCAUAUUUUUGUUGUUGUUGUUGCUUGAGCAGGAAAGUCAAGUAAAAUGGUUGGAUUUCUGCCUGUGUAAAAUUGGCUUGUGUGUGUGUAUGUAAAAAAAAAAAGAAAAAAAAGUGUGUGCCUGGGCCCCAUGUCCAAAGCUACUGCUCUCUUUUCUGGUACAGGACCAUAUGCUGCCCAUUCCUGAGCACAACUACCGUUGCCAGAACUAAAAAUCUUAAACUACUUCUUCAAACAUUUGGAGAAUUACUUUGUAUUGACUUCCUAUUUAUUUUGCACUUUGAAAAAUAUUUUACUUAUGAGCCUUUUUCAUCACUGACUGUUUGAUUUUCGGUGUAAUUUUAUCUCCAAGGAGAUAACAAGCCUGUAUUACGUUCAUAAAAGCUGUUUCUCUAGGCAACUUUGCCAAUUCUGUAGAUUCUUUAAUAAACUCUGGUUUUGAAGUUUAAA